AUGAAACAACAAAUCUUUGGUACCCUUGCCUUCUUCUACAUUUCCGCCGCAUCGGCAAUGCCUUUCUUGGCUACUCGUCAAGAUACCACCGAGAACAACCAUCAUGACGAUGUUUCCGCUCUCCUUGGCACUUGGUAUGCUGGUGGUAUGACUGAGAAUGUAAAGUCGACUUUUGACAACAUGACCCAGACCUACGGCUUCUCAUGCGACUGCUGGCACUUUGAUUUCACCAACGAUGGAGGAUCAUCUCUCAAGCAAAAGGCUAGCUGCAAUGUCAAUCAAGAUGGCAAGCGUUUGGGACAUGCUGAAGUCGUGGGCACUCUUGAAUACAGCAGCCAUGACGAUGAUGAAUACACGUUCGAUUACACUUUGGAGGACGCUGCUUUCUACCCUGAAGAUGGCUCUGAAAAGCAAAAGGGCAUUGAAGGUAUCAACUAUCCCGAAUACAAGGCCCACUACAAGCUUCUCGAAGACAACCAAGGCCUCUAUGAAUGGGUUGAAUAUGACAACGAAGUCUUCUCGGCCAUUUACGCCAAAGAUCAAGCACCCGAUGACAACACCUUCGAUAGACUUGUGAACGAUCUCGAUGACGACGACAACCAGCAUGUCGAUAUUAUCCGCGUGGAAGACAAGUGCUAA